AUGGUGAUGUUUAUGGUGGUGAUGAGUAUGAUGCUGUUUAUGGUGGUGAUGAGUAUGAUGAUGUUUAUGGUGGUGAUGAAUGUGAUGAUGGUGAUGUUUAAGGUGGUGAUGAAUGGUGGUGAUGAUGAUGAUGAUGUUUAUGGUGGUGAUGAGUAUGAUGACGAAGUUUAUGGUGGUGAUGAGUAUGAUGCUGCUGCUGCUGCUGCUGAUGUUUAUGGUGGUGAUGAAUGUGAUGAUGAUGUUUAUGGUGGUGAUGAAUGUGAUGUUUAUGGUGGUGAUGAUGAAGUUGGUCGUGGUGAUGUUUAUGGUGGUGAUGAAUGUGAUGAUGUUUAUGGUGGUGGUGAUGAUGUUUAUGGUGGUGAUGAAUGUGAUGAUGUUUAUGGUGGUGAUGAAGAUGAUGAUAGUGAUGUUUAUGGUGGUGAUGAAUGUUAUGUUUAUGGUAGUGAUGUUUAUGGUGGUGAUGAGUAUGAUGAUGUUGUUUAUGGUGGUGAUGAAUGUGAUGAUGGUGAUGUUUAUGGUGGUGAUGAAUGUGAUGUUGUUUAUGGUGGUGGUAAUGAUGAUGAUGUUUAUGGUGGUGAUGUUUAUGGCGGUGAUGAAUGUGAUGAUGGUGAUGUUUGUGGUGGUGAUGAAUGUGAUGUUUAUGGUGGUGGUAAUGAUGAUGUUUAUGGUGGUGAUGAGUAUGAUGAUGUUUAUGGCGGUGAUGAAUGUGAUGAUAGUGAUGUUUAUGGUGGUGAUGAAUGUAAUGUUUAUGGUGGUGGUAAUGAUGAUGAUGUUUAUGGUGGUGAUGAGUAUGAUGAUGUUUAUGGCGGUGAUGAAUGUGAUGAUAGUGAUGUUUAUGGUGGUGAUGAAUGUAAUGUUUAUGGUGGUGGUAAUGAUGAUGAUGUUUAUGGUGGUGAUGAAUGUGAUGUUUAUGGUGGUGGUGAUGAGUAUGAUGGUGAUGUUUAUGGUGGUGAUGUUGUUUAUGGUGGUGAUGAAUGUGAUGUUUAUGGUGGUGGUGAUGAAUAUGAUGGUGAUGUUCAUGGUAGUGAUGAAUGUGAUGAUGGUGAUGAGUAUGAUGGUGAUGUUUAUGGUGGUGAUGAAUGUGAUGGUGAUGUUUAUGGGAGCUCAGACUUUUAA